AAGGGCUUACGUGCCUGAAGCCGGGUCUCCGGCGGCUAGGAUGGCGAGUCAGCGAGUGUUCCCACUUUCCUGUGUGGUGCAGCAGUAUGCCUGGGGGAAGAUGGGCUCCAACAGCGAAGUGGCAUGCCUGCUGGCUAGCAGUGACCCACUGGCCCAGAUCUCAGAGGACAAGCCUUAUGCAGAGCUGUGGAUGGGGACGCAUCCCCGGGGAGAUGCCAGGAUCCUUGACAACCGUAUUUCCCAGAAGACAUUAGGCCAGUGGAUUGCCGACAACCAGGACUGCUUAGGCCCAAAGGUCAAAGACACCUUUAAUGGCAAGCUGCCCUUCCUCUUCAAAGUGCUCUCCGUGGAAACAGCCCUGUCUAUCCAGGCACACCCUAACAAGGAGCUGGCACAGAAGCUGCACCUCCAGGCUCCACAGCACUACCCGGAUAACAACCACAAGCCUGAAAUGGCCAUCGCCCUCACCUCCUUCCAGGGCUUGUGUGGUUUCCGGCCAGUGGAGGAGAUUGUGACCUUCCUGAAGAAGGUGCCUGAGUUCCAGUCCCUGAUUGGAGAGGAGGCCACAGCACAGCUGAAGCAGAGCGUGAGCGGGGAUCCUGGGGCUGUGGCCGCUGCUCUGAGGAAUUGCUUCUCUCACCUGAUGAAGAGUGAGAAGAAGGUGGUGGUGGAGCAGCUUAACCUGUUGGUGAAGCGCAUCUCCCAGCAAGUAUCUGCCGGAAACAGCAUGGAUGACAUUUGUGGGAAGCUCUUGCUGCAGCUGCACCAGCAGUACCCAGGUGAUAUCGGAUGUUUCGCCAUUUACUUCCUGAACCUGCUCAACUUGAAGCCGGGGGAAGCCAUGUUUCUGGAGGCCAAUGUGCCCCAUGCCUACCUGAAGGGAGACUGUGUGGAGUGCAUGGCAUGUUCAGACAAUACUGUGCGUGCUGGCCUGACGCCCAAAUUCAUUGAUGUGCCAACCCUGUGUGAAAUGCUCAACUACAUACCUAGCCCCAGCAAGGACAGGCUGUUUGCCCCAACACGGAGUCAAGAUGACCCCUAUCUCUCUAUCUAUGACCCCCCUGUGCCGGACUUCACUGUUAUGAAGAUGGAGGUCCCUGGCUCUGUCACUGAAUACAAGGUCUUGGCAGUAGACUCUGCCAGCAUCCUUCUCAUGGUCCAAGGGACAGUGACAGCUACCACACCUACAGUUCAAGCAGAAAUCCCUUUGCAGCGUGGUGGAGUGCUCUUCAUUGGGGCCAAUGAGAGUGUCUUGCUGAAGCUUACCGUGCCCAAGGAUCUGCUCAUCUUCCGGGCCUGCUGUCUGUUGUAGAGGACAGUCUUCUACCCUCUCUGCCUGUCACCAUAUCCUGGCCAGCUCCAACCCCGGUCCCUGUUGUGACUCUUUGGUGCAUGCUGGAAUGGUAGAGUAGUGUGGCUUUAGUGACUCCAGAGCAUGCCCAGGUUGACCAUCUCCAGGAUGAGGGGUCUGUGUGAAGACUGAGACCUACCACUCCACGGUACUCUCGACACUCCUUACUAUCUCUGAGUCAGAUGUGUCCAUUCAGGAGGCAACAGCUGUGCCCCAGCUAAGGCAUUAGGCUAACAAAACAUGUAUGACCCAGCAUUAGGUCAGCAUCCAUUUGAGUGACAGGUGAGGCGAUGUCUUAAGAACAGGCUUCUUGCCCUAGGACUGCCUGCUCUCUCAGCUGCAGAGAGGGAAGGGGCAGGCCAGCAGACUAAUGCUCUUACUCCAGCUCUGUCAAAGUAAUUAAAGAUCACUUGUGUUGAG